GCUAUCUUUGUUCUAUCUUUCAACAUCUAAAACAAUAGAUUCCUAUUACUAUAGGUACCAUUUUUAUAUGCCUAAAACUUACACGGUUAACAGCUGUAUAAUUUUCCAUAUAUAGGAAGAAGUAAAGCAUUAUACCACUUUAUUUUAGAGUAUAUAUAAGAUGGUGUAUUUCCAAAUAUAUUACUAUGAUCUUCAUGAAACAAGAAAAUUUGAUGAAACAUCUUUUAUUAAUAAGAGUAAGAUUAUGAAAAAAGAAUUAAGGUUGAUCAAGAGAGUUCAAUCUAAGCUUCUUUCUCUCCUCUUUCUGUCUUUCCUCUCUUGCAGCCUCAUUUGGGUGUCUCAGAUUUUUGGGUUUCCAUUUUCCCUCUCUUUUAUACGAGAAGAGAAAUCUUCACAUGAGAAAUUGGGUUCAGAUUUUUCUAUUCCUUCUUCAAUAUCAAAUGGAACAUUAUAUUGUGAUAAAAGCCACUUUCGAACAGACAUAUGCUUCAUGAAGGGAGACAUAAGAACAAAUUCUUCUUCAUCUUCAAUCUUCAUAUACACAUCAACAAACCCAAAAUCCCAUCUUAAUGACUUUGCUACACAUUUUGAGGAACAUGAGCUAAAACAUGAAACCAUCAAGCCUUAUACCCGAAAAUGGGAGACUAGUGUAAUGAACACAAUUGACCAAUUACACCUAAUCUCAAAACCAUUAGCUAACUCUGAUCACAAAUGCGACGUCGUUCACAACGUUCCGGCUAUAUUCUUCUCAACCGGAGGUUAUACCGGCAAUGUAUACCAUGAAUUCAAUGAUGGCAUAAUCCCUUUGUAUAUAACUUCUCAACAUUUUAACAAAGAAGUCAUCUUUGUUAUCCUUGAAUACCAUUCUUGGUGGUACACAAAGUAUGCUCAAAUCCUAAGACAACUUUCUAAUUUUCCUCUAAUCAAUUUUGACUCCAACAAUCAUUCCAAGACACAUUGCUUUCAAGAAGCCAUUGUAGGAUUAAAAAUCCAUGAUGAGCUCACAAUCGACUCAUCCGGCCUCAUGGAAGGAAGCUCAAGCACAGCCAAUAUGUUAGGCUUUCGAAACCUUCUAAGUCGAGCUUUUGAGGCUCCGAAAGGGGUACUAAAUCAUCACAAGAAGAAGCCGAAAAUGGUCUUAUUGUCUCGAAGUGGAUCGAGAGCCAUAAUUAACGAGCAUUUGUUGGUUAAAUUAGCACAAAAAAUAGGAUUUAACGUACAAAUAUUGAAGCCUAAUCGAAAAACAGAACUAGGUACCAUAUAUGAGGCAAUUAGUAGUAGUGAUAUUAUGAUUGGAGUUCAUGGAGCUGGCAUGACUCAUUUACUCUUCCUUGAGCCUAAAUGCAUCUUGGUUCAAGUAAUUCCACUAGGAACCGAUUGGGCAUCCGAGAAUUACUAUGGGCAACCCGCGAAAAAGAUGGGAUUAAGGUACAUUGGUUACAAAAUUCAUCCUAGAGAAAGCUCAUUGUACCAGAAGUACAAUAAAGAUGAUCCUGUUUUAACAGAUCCAAAUAGUGUAAAUAAAAAAGGUUGGGGUUAUACCAAAACAGUUUAUCUAGAUGAUCAGAAAGUGAGAUUGGAUCUCAAGAGGUUUAACAAGUUGUUAGUUCGAGUGUAUGAUGAUCACUUUGUUAAUUUGAGGAAUACAUCUAGGAGGCAACAUGGAAGGCUAAUUUUGUAGUAGUGAACUUCUGGUUCCCUUCAAUUCUUUUGUUCUUUAAUUUGUAAAGUUUUUUUAAUUGUACAUAUAUAUACUAUAGAGUAAUUUAUACAACUAAUAUGUAAAUUUGAAAUCAAUCUUUUUUAAA